UCACUCUUGCACUGCGACCUGUAUGCAAGUGCCUCUAUUGAUGUUGUGCCUCCCUCUUUUCUAAUGUUUAUACUGUGGAUAUAACCCUCCAUAGCGUAUUGUAGGCCCUUUUUUCGGGACCUGGAGGAUAUUGCUGCGUUAUUGCUCCAAAAUGAGUCUGUUAAGGCGACUCCGACGUUACGGAGACCCUCCAUGCGGCUUUGUUUAAAGCAUCUGGCUCUCAGCUUGUCGGACUAGCAACAGUAACCAAGGGGGGGCGUGGCUUUGCGAAAGGUUGGCAUGAAUGUCAAAACAAUGCGCUGAGGGACACUCAAUUGUGAGUCUCAACUGAAAUGUUUUAAUUCUCACUCUGAACAAAGAAAAAUAGAAAACAUAGAAAAUGAUUGGUAUCAUCUUGCAAUGCAAAUGUGACACAUCUUAACUUCGUUAUGUAACGGGGGUUAUGUGGUACGAGGAAUAUGCUGUGCAUCUGCCAAGAUUUCUGGUGAAAAAGCAGAUAAUGCAGAUGGAAGAGAUAUACUUCAACAACAACAAGAUCCUCACAGCUUACUGGAAUAUUCGCCGACUAAAUCUCCCUCAUGACGAUCAGCUUGGACGAUAAUUAUAUUGGUUUUUCUCUGAAAUAAUGCCACCAGUUCUACAAGAUUUUCUCUCCAUGAUAUUCACUAUUUUCUGUCAUAAGGAGGAACUGUUUCGCUGCCUCGAUUGUUUGUGUUCCACACAGGUUUCGAUAAAGCUGGAAUGCAUACAACAAUCUUUGAACUUUGUUGUUUCUGUCCACACUCUUCAAAGGAGAAAGCCAGGGAGUUAACAGCAGAUCAGGAAAGGUCUCAAAUAGGUUUACAUUUGUACAUUUUUCAAGUGGACUUACCGUCGUGGGCUUUAAAAGAGAUCAGCAGUAAGGCUUUCCUGAUGGCAUCCAAUAUCACCACCACCAUCUCCCAGCAGUCCUCCUUUGCUUCUGUUCCUCUGUCAGUCAACGCCAUGGUCGGCAUCGCCAUCUUGACCCUGGCCUUUGUUCUGGGCUUCCCUGGGAACCUGUUUGUUGUUUGGACAGUGUUGUGCCGGGUGAAGAAUCGCUCAGUGACCGGUUUGCUGGUGCUGAAUCUGAGCAUGGCGGAUGCUUUCGUGCUGCUCAGCGCCCCUUUGUUCCUGCGCUACCUGGCUGGAGGCCGAGGCUGGGAGUUUGGCUCGGCAGCAUGCAAGCUGGUGCAUUACCUAUCGAGUGUGAACAUGUACAUGUCCAUCUACCUCAUCUGCCUGAUGAGCAUGGACCGCUGGCUGGCCGUGUCCAGGCCGUUUCUGUUCAAGACAAUGAGAACCAAGCGCUCCCUCCUGAUUCUUCUGCUUGUUGUCUGGGUGUUAGCGUUGCUCCUGCCAGUCCCGAUGCCUUUCUACCGCAGACUGGAUAUGAGGAGUACUUUCCCAAACAAUAUCACUUUGAGCUUCUGCGUGCCGUACCACUGGAAGAGCAAGGGUCACCGGGUCUUCCAGUACCUGUUUGAGACCAUCAUGGCCUUCCUGCUGCCUUUCUCCCUCAUCAACACAUGUUACUCCUCCGUCAUCUGUCGUCUGCAGAGUGCCAAGUUCCAGCGCCGAGCACAAGGCAGCCGCCUCAUCCUGAUGAUCAUCUGUACCUUUGCAGUUUUCUGGCUGCCGUAUCACAUCGUCAACAUCAUAGAGGUGGUGGGCGUUUUGCAGGACAGUAAAUCCGCUGUUACAGUCGCCCUUGCAGCCCGUCCAAAUGUCACGGCAUUCGCUUACUUCAGCAGUGCGGUCAAUCCCAUGUUGUACGUGUUUGCUGGCAGCUCCCACAUCCGCCAGGCCGGCUUCAGCUUCAUGGGCAAGCUCUUCGAGGCCACCAGCUCGAAGAACAGGACCAUGUCUACCUUCACCCGGAGCGAACACAUUAACCGCAGAUGCUCUACACCGGACGAGCGCUCAGCCCUGAACACCCUGUCGAUGAAACUGGGGAGGAUGUUCAAAAGCAAGGAAAUAAACACGGGCGGCAGCGUGGCGGGAAAAGAGGCGGACGAGUUUGAACUCAGGACUCUGGCCAUCCAUCUAAACUGAUUACACUGUGUUGACUCAUGAGUUGAAUUGUAAGAGAUUUUUCUUACAUAACUUUUAUAUCAGGAAAUAUUCAAACAACUAUUGUAUGUAUUUCUAUGUAAGCAAUAUCAUAUAAUCAGACUAAGUUGAUAUAAUAAUAAUAAUAAUAAUAAUAAUGUGGGUCAACAGUUACAAAUCUACUCUUUCAGCAGAGUGGAAUGUAGGCCCUUUGAAAUGUGUUUGCGGCCAACUGAAAUGCAAGUCAAGCAUUCAUUCUCCUUUUCGCUCUGAUUUAUGCCAAGACUGGCUUUGUCUGGCGUCGAAUUGCGUCCAGAGGGUACCUUUAGUCUAAAUAUCUGCAGAAACGUUUCUGUUCACCAACUAGCCACUUCAUUUGUCUGUCUUUCGCUUGGUGAUAGGCAGGGAGUGGACAGUGGGUUUGAGUGUUUUUUUUUACAUAAAAAGCGUCCUUGUUUCACUUCAAUGAUGAGUACAGUAAGGGUGAAUCACAACAGGAAAUUGUGGGCCUGAAUAUCAAAACAACACUCUGAAAGAAGUUAAAACACUCAAUUGUGCCUCUCAUAUUUUUUUCUUCACUUGAAGCAGACAGUAAAAACUGAAAUACAGAAACAUUGAAAAAAUGAAGGGAAUCAUCUCAUAAUGCAAUCGGAGACAUCUCAACUUCGUUAUGCAACGAGGGUUAUGUGGUAUGAGGAAUACUACAUCUGCCAAGAUUUCUGGUGAAAGAGCAGAUAAUGGAGAUAUGCUUCAACACUCAUGUACCAACAAGAUCCUGACAGCUUACCGGAAUAUUCACCCACUCACUAAAUCUCCCUCAUGACGAUCACCUGUGACAAUAAUUUUCCUGUUUUUCCUCUGAAAUUAUGAGAUCAGUUUUACACAAUUGUCUCUCCAUGAUAUUCACUCUUUUCUGUCAUAAGGAGGAACUGGUUUCUGUGCCUGCUUGUUCCUGUUCCACACAGAUACAGUAUAAGGUGUUGACGUAUCUUCCAUAAAGCUGGAGUGCAUACCAGUAUUAUAACGAUGAAUAGGAGGAACAACAGCUACAUUACAACCAAAUGUUUUUAAGCUGGCUAUUUUUAUUUUUAUUUAUUGUCUUCUGAUUGCUAUCGUAGUAAAGUGUUUUUAUUGUAUGUACAG